GAAUAUUUUAAUAAAAUAAAUAAAACUGUGAAUAAAAAUAAUAUUAUAGAGUCCACAUCGUUAAGUUAAUUCAUGUGCUAGUUAUUAAUAAGCAAUAUGAUACCAAGAAGAUUAAUUCAAGUAGCUCAAUUUGGAGCAGUUGGACUUACCGGCUAUUACGUCGGGCUUAUUAAGAAUAAAAACAAUUUAGUAGAUAAUUCAGUAGUCAUUGACGGUAAAAUAAUUCGACAUAUGCCUGGUCUUCCUAUAUUUGGUACUGUAUCUGCAGCAACACCUUAUACAGAGAGUGGAUCUACAAGGGUUUCACAAAUAAUGAAGUAUGGUUUCCCCGGCAUGGAUAACAUAAGAUCUUAUGAUGAUUUCGUUUUAUCAUAUGACAGAAGGAAUAGAGUACCACAUUGGGUAUUCGAACAUUUGACCAAAAAACAUAUAGAAAAAAAUGAUCAAGUUGACAGGAGUAAAUGUGACUUUACACCAGAUGAGAGCAUACAUCCAUUCUUCAGGUCACAGAAUAGUGACUACAAAGGUUCAGGCUUCGAUCGGGGGCACAUGGCAGCAGCAGGUAACCACCGUUUAGCACAGAAACAUGUUGAACAAACCUUCUAUCUUACCAACAUGGCCCCUCAGGUAGGUGAAGGAUUUAACAGACAUUCAUGGAAUAGACUGGAGAAACAUGUGAGGAAGUUGACAAAAGUCUAUGAUAAUGUUUAUUGCUGCACCGGACCUCUGUAUCUGCCCAGAAAAGAAGUAGAUGGUAAAUGGUACAUUAAAUAUCAAGUGAUAGGAGCAAAUACAGUUGCGGUGCCGACACACUUCUACAAGGUGGUGGUUGGUGAAGCGCCAGACGGUAGCCUUGACAUGGAGGCUUAUGUCAUGCCCAACCAGAAGAUACCAGAUGAAACACCUGUAUCUUCUUUUAUGGUGCCGCCAGAAACUAUAGAGAAAGCUGCCGGACUGUUAUUCUUUGACAAAAUCCACAGAAGUAAACUAAGUAGAAUCAAUGGUCGUAAAGCGUAAUCAUUUAGUACA